AUGAAGGAUGCUUGGCGUAUCUCUCUGCGACCAUAUAAACAAUCAGACUCUCCGUCAGAUGAGCAGCGUGCAGGAUGCUGCUGUAAGCAUGCGGAAAACAAAAUCGGAAGUAGCUCGCUUCUGAUGAAGUUGAAUUUGUUCAAUUUGCAAAACUUAAUAGAAUUUGGCGCUGCUCUACAAAACUAAGUCGAUGACGAUGAUGGGGGCGAAAAACCGACCAGAAUGGUGGAGCAGACAGGAAGUGAAACGAAUGAACGAAAAGAAGCUAUCAAGGAAGAGCCUAUAGAACUAAUUGGCCAAACAAAUAAUGAAGAGACGCAAGUCAGUAGAAAGAAGUUGCGCCAACGAAUGCCGAAAAAGGCAGCUAAUGAUGACGAUUCAGCGAGCAGCAUAGAAGUGAACUUU